UACUGCCGUCGAGCCCAUUCAUGCCAGCAGAACACUUGGCCUCUCCAUCUCCUCCCACCUCUCUCCUUACCACGCCGCCGCCACGAUCUGCCGCUUCCGGCUAUCUCCAGCACAUCGUCAGCACCUGCGAGAAAAACCCUGGUCUCCCUCUAUCUAUUCCCCAUUUCCCCUCACUCACUGCGUCCACCUCCACCGCUGCUAAACAGUAGAGUUGUCGCCGCUUGCAUUGGCCCCGAUGGGGCGGCCUCCAUCCUCGAGGACUACCACACCCGAGCUCACGCCUGCCUCUCUGCCGGGCACGGCUUUACCAGUGAUGCGGGCAAUCACGAGCGCCCGCCUCGCAGUCCGCGACCGCGCGAUCGACAUCCGAAAAAAGUAACCUUGGUUUCUUAAUUUUCCCCGUGUCCUAAAUAGGGCGUCCCUAACUUUGACGGGGGUUGGACCUGGUCUCGUCUGAUCUCUCUCCCACGCAAAAUGGCCGACGACACAUUAAUUAGCAACUUCAGCCUCCGGCAUGGCCGUCUCAUCCUCUUCUCUUCCCGCGCGCGGACCACACGCGCGCGCCUCUCUCUCUCUCUCGCUCUCGGGCGCGUCUUCUGCCUCUCCGGUGCGGUAAUGUCUUCUCGAUCCCCAUCUUACCUGAAUCUUGUCAUGUGUAACCAUGCCUUUUAUGCCGUGUAAAUUUUGUAAUUGGAGCAAUCCCAUUGUCCUCUAGCCACAUUCAAUGCAAGGCCCGGGCUAGAUCUAGAAUAUUACUAGAUGAGAUGGAAUACCGUUGCCCAAACAAGGGAUUCAGAAAUAUUUAUAGAAUCUCAUGCGAUCAUUUUUCAUGCUUUCGUAUGAAGUUAAGUGCUUUUAUCAAAACUACAUUUCACUCUCCAGGUACCAUUUGGAUAAUCCAUUAAUGUGAUUUGAAUUGCAAAGGAUGGUUCUCCAGGAUAAAUGAAAGCCUAGCUUAUGCACCUUAUUGUGGCCUGUUUUUUCUCAUCCCUCAUACAAUGGGGAAACACUCUGCUGAAACCGGGACUAGUAUGCUCCUACAUGGAGACUUGGACAUACAGAUAGUGGAAGCAAAAUGUCUUCCCAAUAUGGAUCUCAUGACCGAAAGGAUCCGGAAAUGCUUCACUGGCUAUGGUGCUUGCAGGUCCAACUGCGGGAAUUCUAAUCCAAAACCAGACGUGAGGAAGAUCAUUACUAGUGAUCCAUAUGUUUCGGUUUGCCUCUCAGGUGCAACGGUGGCACAAACUCGAGUCAUUAACAACUCGGAGAAUCCUAAAUGGGAUGAACACUUCUAUGUUCAGGUUGCCCACUCAGUUAGCAGACUCGAGUUUCAUGUAAAGGACGAUGACAUCUUUGGGGCUGAGCUUAUAGGUGUUGCUUCAGUACCAGUUGACCAGAUCACAGAAGGGGAUAUUGUCAGUGGCUGGUUUCCAAUCUCUGGUCACUACAGUAACCCAAAGAUAUCUCCUGAACUCAAUUUGUCUAUCCAGUAUAAGCCAUUUGAUCAGAAUCCGUUGUACAAGGACGGAGUUGGUGCCAGUGGUACUGAGAAUAUUGGUGUACCAAAUGCUUAUUUUCCUCUUCGCAAGGGUGGUAGGGUCAGUCUAUAUCAAGAUGCCCAUAUUCCUGAUGAUUUUCGUCCUAACAUUGAAAUUGAAGGUGGGAGGACAUAUGAACAAAAUAAAUGCUGGGAAGAGAUUUGCCAUGCAAUUGCCGAGGCUCAUCACCUUAUUUACCUUAUUGGCUGGUCAUUAUAUCACCCUAUCAAUCUUCUAAGGGAAUCGACAAAACCUUUGCCUGAUGGAGUCCCACGGACCAUUGGAGAGAUAUUGAAAAGCAAGGUUCAAGAGGGAGUUCGUGUUAUCGUGUUGCUUUGGGAUGACAAAACAUCACACGACAAAUUUCUUUUGAAAACGGAUGGACUCAUGCAUACACAUGAUGAGGAAGCUCGAAAGUUUUUCAGGCAUUCAGGUGUCCACUGUGUGUUAGCUCCUCGUUAUGCUAGCAACAAAAUGAGCAUUUUCAAGCAGCAGGUUGUAGGAACUUUGUUUACGCACCAUCAGAAAUGUGUAAUUGUAGACACUCAAGCCACUGGAAACAAUCGAAAAAUAACAGCUUUUCUUGGUGGUCUCGACUUGUGUGACGGCAGAUAUGAUACACCUGAACACAGGCUUUUCAAGGAUCUUACUACUGUCUUCAAGGAUGAUUUCCAUAAUCCCACGUUUCCUGUGAAUAAGUCUGAUGGACCGAGACAGCCAUGGCAUGAUUUACAUUGCAAGAUUGAGGGUCCAGCUGCAUAUGACAUACUUACAAACUUUGAACAGAGAUGGAAAAAAUCCGCAAAAUGGAAAGUCAGUGUCAGAAGAGCUGUAAGUUGGCAUCAUGAUACUUUGGUUAAAAUAAACCGGAUGUCAUGGAUUGUUUCGCCCUCUGCAGAUGAGCAAAAUGCACAUGUUUGUGAAGAAAAUGACCCAGAAAACUGGCAUGUACAGAUUUUUCGAUCCAUUGAUUCAGGAUCAGUAAAGGGAUUCCCUAAAGAUGUUCAAGAAGCCGAGUCACAGAAUCUUGUCUGUGCAAAGAAUCUGCAGAUAGACAAGAGCAUACACAAUGCAUAUGUAAAAGCCAUCAGAUCUGCACAACACUUUAUCUAUAUUGAAAACCAGUAUUUUAUUGGAUCUUCGUACUACUGGUCUUCACAUAAAGGUGCAGGUGCAGAGAACCUAAUACCAAUUGAAUUGGCCAUAAAGAUUGCAAGAAAGAUCGCAGCAAGGGAGCCAUUUGCAGCUUAUAUUAUCAUACCAAUGUGGCCUGAAGGUAAUCCGACAACUGCUCCUAUGCAGGAGAUCCUCUAUUGGCAGGGGCAAACCAUGUCCAUGAUGUACAAGAUUAUCGCAGACGCUCUCCGAAAGGAAGGGUUGGACGAUGCCCAUCCACAGGAUUACCUGAACUUCUACUGCCUUGGUAAACGUGAAGUCACAGCCGAGGUUCCUGCACCGACAAGCCAUUCUAAUGAGAAUUCCCCGUUGCGUCUGGCUCAGAAGUUCAGGAGGUUCAUGAUCUACGUGCACUCGAAAGGGAUGAUCAUCGAUGAUGAGUUUGUUCUCAUCGGCUCAGCCAAUAUAAACCAGAGGUCCUUGGACGGUUUGCGGGACACCGAGAUCGCCAUGGGCGCCUAUCAGCCACACCACAGUUGGGCAGGAAGCCAAGGUCCUCCGCGAGGACAGGUGUAUGGGUACCGGAUGUCGCUGUGGGCGGAGCAUCUGGGCACGGUGAAGGAGUGCUUCCGUCAGCCGCAGUCCAUGGAGUGCGUCCAGUUGGUGAACCAGAUGGCGGAGGAUAACUGGGCGUGCUAUGUGUCGCCACAGAUGGUGGACAUGAAGGGGCACCUCAUGAGGUACCCCAUCAAGGUCGAGAAGGACGGGAGGGUGGUGCCGCUGCCUGGGCAUGAGAGCUUCCCGGACGUCGGUGGCAAGGUGCUCGGCUCUCACUCCUCGCUGCCCAACGCGCUGACAACGUAACCAGUCAUCCUCGAUCGGCAGAGGAUCAGAGUGCUCGAGCUUGAAGAGGCUACAAAGGUGGCCACGGGCGUUCAGAAGUGGGAGUUGAAGUUGUUCCUCGGAAACUCAGAAUUAGUUGAUCUGUUGCAUAUACGUCUGACUUUUAGCAUUAACCGUUAAGCUGUAUAUGUGUAUAUAUAUAAAAGAGAGACCAGACAGAACGUCAUACCAGUUGGACCAAAUUUUGUGUCCCUGGGCAUUGCACUUUGGUUGGAGUCUAUUGCUAUGCACCUAUGAUGUAAUUCCCCGUUGUCCACCGCAGUUUGGUUAGAAGUCGGCAUUCAGAUCUUGGUCGGUCAGCAA